AUGUGCUCGUCGGGUUCGAACUCGGCAUCAAGGUCAUCAGAGUUCCCCGUAGCAGCCGUAGCCCCAGCGGCUACCUUCGCUAUUCCUUCGCGUGGGCUACCGCCAGUGUUGCUCGACGUACCUUCCCUCGGUGCAAGUGGAUCGGCCCAGUCUACUACUUCAGGCUCGCCAUGGUCAACUCCUGUGACGCCAUUCUCGCCAGCGUUUCCGUUCGACCCACAGACUCCCCAGCUUGGUCACAGUAGUGAAGACGAGAACAAUUCCAAUCAAGGUUGCGGCAGCCAGACCGAUCUGAUCGCGCCUUCGUCGGGCACGCUGGCGACAUCCGUGACCGAUCCCAGGAGCAUCCUGUCCUCUACCCAUUUCGAUCUCGUUCUACGGAGGCACGACACCCUCCUCUCCUGGCUGCGCGCUACGCACCGUUCCGACCAAACCUUUGUUGGCGGCAGCGUGUAUCGACACCUUGAGGUCUCGCACGAUGGCAAUGGCACUCUGCUUGGGUCCCUGUCGGUCACCCCGCACGGCGGUAAGACCCAGCUGGACUGGGCUACCAGAAACGGAGCGUGUCUGGAGCAGACUCGGGUUGUCGACUUGCAUGGCGAGCUGCCAUUCCAUUCCUUGGUCUUCUUCACCAACCGGCUCCCGAACCUCGAAACGGUGCGGCUCUUCCCUGACGACGCUGGCAGGUGCAUCGACAAAUGCCCAACUGUGACCAAGAACCUCGUCAUCGUCGGUGAGCCGAAGGUACCAAGGAAAGAUCCCGGCGAGAGCUGUAUCCCCAUGGCGACGCCCUUGCUCCGCGUCGUCAUCCACGUCGAUGCCUUCAGCAACGCCAACAGCCUGUGGUACCACCAACUGCUGUUCCCCUAUGGCGCCGAGGAGAUCGUCAUCGUCUUCACGGGCUGGAAGAGGCCGUACAAGCCCAAGACCCGGCCUCGUAGCUGCUCGAGCACCCAGAGUAAAUCGCAUGCCGCACGCGAGCGCUUCCAAAACCUGCAUUACGCAGUUGAGCACAUCAUCACCAAGUUUCUCGGUCAUUCCGGGAUAGAAACAGGCGGGAUCAGGUGCACGAUCGUCGACCUCGACACUGUCGAUCCCGAGUGGUUCGGCCUACCCCACGAUGCCGCAGUCGCACGCUGGUUGCAUGAGGAGGUCCGGGACAGUCUGAACACUCGCCGUUGGGAGGGGGUUGCCGAGGAGGCCAUCAGCCUCCUCUCCUUCAAGUCCGACGCUCAAUGGAGAGAAGAACUAUUAGUUGAGCAGGACGGCAGCUAG